UAUACUUCCCAAAACUUAUACCCUUCACUCAAAGAUUCAAUAUUUUGCAAACAAUUAUUUUAUGAUAUUUCAAUUCCAUAUUUUCGAAUAUUAAAUUACUGGAUGUUCGAGGGUACAAUUCUUGAUCCUUAUAAAGAAUUUUUCAUAAAAGAGAACAAAAAAUCGUUUUUGCCCUUUGAUUCAACUACUAUAACUCCAUAUGAUAAAAAUUUUACCCUAAUUCAGGCCAAAAUUCCUUCUUUCUUGCAAAAAUAUUCUGAUCAAAUCCAUAAAACAGGCAAAUAUAUUAAUAUAUUACGAGAUUGUUCCAACCCAAGAUAUAUUGAGAUUAUCUCAGAAGAAACAUGUGAAGAUAUAUAUACCUGCACCAAAUUUGAUUGGACUUCCUAUGAAGAGACUGACAAGUUAACAUCUAAUGACAUAGAAAAUGAUACUCUGCCUUCCAAAAUAGAACACCGAUUUUUGACAACUGGAAAAUGUUUAUUAGAUUUGCUCUUGCAAGGAGGACCACUUAUAAAUGCAGUUUUAUUACCCACAAGAUCUCCCCUUAGCAUGCCAUUAUUAUCAAACCCGUUCAAUCUUAUUUCCCUUCUGCAUUCCAUCAAAAAUUACUUUUUUGUGGAGCGAGGCGAUUAUCUGAUUCAUUUUAUGGAUACUGCCAUGCCAGAACUCCGCAAAUCGGCUGACCAAGUUCUUCCCUUUAGGUUGGAAUCGCUGCUGGAAAUAUCGCUCAGAACUAGCUCGGCUAAUUUAGACCCCCUCAAAGAAAAUCUACGCUUGACCUUGUGUCCCGACGGUCUUUUGUCUCAAGUGAGGUGCCUCAUGUCAGCUCCUCAGCAACAAGAUUAUUUGCCUGCAAUUUUGGAUAAGAAAAAUGAAGAUAAAGUUACAGAGGAAUAUAACCAAUUAACUGGUGCUGAAGUAGUCAAUCUUGAUUUCAUAGUGGAAUGGCCCCUUAGCUUGGUAGUAGAUCGAGCCUCUUUGCGCAGGUAUCAACUCAUAUUCCGCCACCUACUGCACGCUCAUUACGUCGAGAACGAAUUAGCUCAGGCCUGGCUUGACGCUAGAUCUCGAUUCGCUUCUCUUGUUAAUACCUCAAAGCGUUCAUCUAAUCGCACUCAUAACAAUAAAUCUGAUGGUUUAUCUACAAACCUCUUAAACGGCGAUAUAGUCAGAUCCCGAUUGUCUCGCACCUUGUACAGAGGUAUAUGCCCUGCCUUGCACAGGAUGCUAGUAUUCGCCAAGGGUUUGCUCUUUCAUCUCAAAUACGACGUCAUAGAAUCGCGUUGGAUUCGAUUUCGCCACCGCCUUCCCACAUCUGAGUCUACUCAUGCCGACAAUCAUGCCAACGUUACUGAAUCCCGAAACCCAUUGUUGGACGUGGACGGGGUUCACAGAGCCCACUUGGAAGCCUUGAACUGUAUGAUCCAUUCGGCUACCCUAGAUGAACCCGCCCUUUUUGAACUUACUCAUAGAGCUUUGAAGUUGUGUAACACCUUUUGUCGCUUCUUAUCCACCGCUGGCAGUUACCCCCUCAAUUUCUCCGAUACGUCACAACAAACUACCUCUUCUACCCUCUCCGAUCGCUUGCAUCAUUUGAUUCAAUUUCGACGAACCGUGGGUCAGUCUUACAUAGCUCCAUUCGAAUCAGUUGUAAGCUCUCUUUAUUCGGCUUACGCCGGAAACGUAUCCAAUAUCUCUUCCACCCUUAAUAAUAUUCGCGGGCCAGAUUACGAUUGCGUUCGAUACACUUACGAAUUGUGCUCGCUGGUCAAAACAUUUCCCAGAUCUCAUGUUAAAAAAUGGUACGCCAGAUAGAGACAGAAAAGCGAAUUCCUCGGAAAUUUAAAAUAGAAGAAAAAUAUCGUUUCUAAAGAUUGCGUGUUGGUUCAAAGAAAAAAAUAGAAAUAAAUAUUGUUUGAAUGUAUUUUCAUUCAUUUAAAAUUUUCUUGAUGGUUUUAUUUUUAAAAUUUACUUCUUAAUUUCAGAUUGUAGGAAAUUAACCUGGAAAUUUUUAUAAUAAAUAAAUAUUGUAAGCGAAAAUUUAACUAUUUUCUUUUUAUUUAU